UCUUUCUUUUUUUGAAUUUUUUGAUGAAUUACUUUGAACUGCUUUUGCGCCUUUCAUUGAGGCUUUGUAUGAACUAUUGGAAAGACAAAAAAUGGUGGAAGUGUUUACAGGAACGAUGGUGUUGCUGGUUCCUAUGUGUGUAGCCUUUGUUAUUGGACUUGUGGUUGGAUGGACAUGGAAACCCAAAUGGGCAACCAUGGGAAGAGACAAAUUGAGCUGUUUAGUGUCAAAACCCUUUAAUUUAUCAGCUUCUUCAUCGCCCUCUUGGACCACGGAUAAUGGGAAGGAUAAGAGACAGUCCAAUGUUUCACCUACUGAAUAUGAAGAGUGCAGUAUGUCACAGCACCACGAAGAAAAGCCUAAUUUAGUGACUGAGGAGGAUUUAGAACAUUUAUGCCAGCUUGUAGAGAUGAAAGAUGGGGGUCCUCCUUGGAUACAUAUGAUGGAUCGCUCCGCCCCAAAUUUGAGCUACCAAGCAUGGCGAAGAGAUCUCGAUUGUGGUCCUCCACAAUAUCGUAGCAGCACUGUCUUUGAGGAUGCCACACCAGAGAUUGUUAGGGACUUAUUUUGGGAUGAUGAGUUCCGAUUAAAUUGGGAUGAUAUGCUUGCAUUUGCUACAACUAUAGAAGAGUGUCCCGCCACAGGAACCAUGAUAGUGCAGUGGAUACGGAAGUUUCCCUUCUUUUGUAAAGACAGAGAAUACAUAAUUGGUCGUCGAAUAUGGGCAUCGGGAAGAUCAUAUUACUGUGUGACAAAGGGAGUACCUUGCCCUUCUGUCCCAAGGCGUGACAAACCAAGACGCGUCGACCUUUAUUACUCAAGUUGGUGCAUUCGAGCCGUGGAAUCGAAAAGAGGUAAUGGCCAGCUGACUGCCUGUGAGGUGCUACUCUUCCAUCAUGAAGAUAUGGGCAUUCCAUCGGAAAUUGUAAAGCUUGGAGUACGGAAAGGAAUGUGGGGAGCUGUCAAGAAGAUCGAACCUGGCUUACGCACCUACCAAAAAGCAAGAGCAUCAGGCGCACCACUCUCUCAACCAGCCUUUAUGGCCCGGAUCAACUCCAAAAUAAGUUCAGAGUACCUGCAAUCAUUGGGAAGCAGCGACGAUUUGUCAGAGACGCAAACAGCAUCUACAUCUGACAAACCCUCGGGGAGGAAUAUAUCAAAGCUCCUCAUCUUUGGUGGGGCUGUUGUACUUGCUUGUAGUCUUGAUCGGGGGCUCUUGACUAAGGCAGUUAUAUUUGGUGUGGCCAGAAGGUUUGGAAAUAUAGGGAAUAGACUGUAGGUGAAGUGCUGCUGCUAGAAUCUUUCUAAGAAUGUCAAGUGCAAGCUCAUAUCUUAUAUGAAUUGCCUUCAUCCCGUUCAAGAGAGAUGCUCUAUCAAAAGUUCUCUGUGGCCUCUACUGUCUCGAUCAGAUUAUAUAUAUGGAUUCAUUGUAUAUACUUAGAAGCAGAAAUUUUCUUGUAGAAUACCAGGCUGCCAAAUUGCAGGUAGUUCAGGGUUUAUGUGUUUGUUCCUUUCACUCUUUCAUUGCUUAUAUUCAUCUAGCUGCAUCUUGACACGGUCCGUUUCCAUUAACAUCAUACGCUAAUUAAAUAAAGAUUGAAGUGCUUUGCACUCUUUUAGAUUUA